AUGCCCGAUCACAACAUCAGCCGCCAGUGUAGUGCGGACGAGAACAUCGGCAGUGGCAAAUAUCCCGACGCCCCCGAGCUUCCAGUGCCAUUGUCGGGACCGCUUGCCUGGACUCGGCACGACUUGAGAAGCAGCUGGGGCUAUACCUGGCAUCUUAGUGAUCGGGAUAUCAGUGACAUUAAACAUGCUCUAGACUGUUUCAAUGCCCUCGGCAUUGACGGAGACUGUGUUUCAACCGAAACCUUUCCAGUCGGGGACCUUGCCCACAAGCUGGAAAAGAUUGCCCAUAACAUCCAUAAUGGCGUCGGCUUCUCCAUCAUCAAGGGUCUGCAUCACCUCCAGUGCACCACCGAGGACAGCGUGAUAGUCUACCUGGGCCUGGCCAGCUAUGUGGCUGACCAAAGGGGCAUCCAAGAUAAGAGAGGCAACGUUUUGUCCCACAUCACCAGCUCGAAAGGUUGGGAUGUCCCCGUUGACAAGCGGCACGGCAUUCACUCCAACAAAGCCUUGCCAUUUCACAACGACAUGGGCUGUGACACCCUGGCGUUGCAAGUUCGCCAAAGCGUAGACAGCGGUGGGGACACGUACCUUGCUUCGACAUGGACCGUUUUCAACAAACUCCUCAAAGACGAGCCGGACGUGGCCAGAACGCUGCUUGACCCGAGCUGGCCAGUGCAAUUAUCCUGCCGACGAACUCGCCACUAUCUGGCCCCGGCUUUUGCCUUGCAUGACGGCCGCUUGAUGGCAUGCAUGGAUCCGAAUCGAUUCGGUCCACACGAGAACAGCCCUGAUGGCUUAAUUCCGGCGUUGACAAGCGACCAGAAGCACGCCCUCCAGCGCGUUUGCGAGGUAGCGCGGUCAACGGAGCUUCGCUUGAAACUCGAAACCGGGUGUUUGCUGUUCCUCAACAACUGGGCCCUUCUCCACAGGCGUGAUGCGUACCAGGAUGAUGAUCGCACCUGUCGCCACAUGGUCCGACUUUGGCUGCGGAACACGCAGCUCGGGUGGGCUGUGCCCGAGCCAUUUCUCCCCCCGUGGCAAGCCGCAUACAGCAAGGGCCUUCGCGCCAAGACACGAGUGUAUGCCCUGUAUCCCAUGACGACGUAG